AUGUUUGCGAUGUACAUUGCUGUCUUCUGUGUUGCACUGGAUAAUACAAUCAUCUCGACGGCUAUACCUAAGAUUUCCAGCGAGUUCCACUCCUUGAGCGACGUCGGAUGGUAUGGUUCAGCAUUUUUCUUAACCCAAUGUGCCUUCCAACUGUUGUUCGGCAAGCUAUAUAGUAUAUUCAGCCCGAAAUGGACGUACCUGGCUUCUCUAUUCUUCUUCGAACUCGGCUCUCUUAUAUGCGGCAUAGCACCCUCGUCACUGGCGUUGAUCAUUGGGCGCGCCAUCGCCGGCAUGGGUUCGUCAGGUGUGUUUGCGGGGAGUUUGGUCAUCAUCACCCGGACCUCUCCCUUGGAGAAGCGGCCAGUCUGGCAAGGCCUGAUCAGUGCCAUGUAUGGUAUCGCUUCUGUCAUUGGACCUUUGUUAGGUGGUGCUUUCACAGAUCACGUUUCCUGGCGAUGGUGUUUCUACAUUAAUCUUCCUUUUGGAGCUGUCACGGCAGGUAUUAUCAUAUUCUUCUUGCGCCUGACACCCAUCGCCAGCCCUUUCAAAAACAUGACACGGCUCGAAAUAUUUCUCCAGCUCGAUCCGCUGGGGUUUGUCCUAUUCCUUCCUAGUAUGAUCUGUCUUUUUAUCGCUCUGCAGUGGGGAGGUACGCAAUAUCCGUGGGGCGAUGGAAGAAUCGUCGCCUUAUUCUUUAUCUGUGGCAUAACCCUUUUCCUCUUCGGGGCCUUGCAAUGGAAACUUGGCGAAAAGGCAACCAUACCUCCCCGUAUUGUUACGCAGCGAACAAUCUGGUCCGCCAGUUGGUUUGCGUUCUUUCUUUCUGGUUCAUUUUACCUGUUCAUCUACUUUAUCCCAUACUACUUCCAGGCUGUCAAAGGCGAGUCAGCACUAUCGUCUAGCAUCGACAACUUGCCCUUAAUUCUUGGCAAUGUCAUCUUAGCAGUGGCAUCUGGCGUCGGUGUCAGUAGACUGGGUUAUAUCAACCCUUUUUGCUAUGCAAGUGUGGUGUUCACUUCUAUUGGGGCAGGCUUGUUGAUGACAAUGACAGCUGAAACAAGCCCGCCGCGGUGGAUCGGGUACCAGAUUUUGUUCGGUCUAGGCGUCGGACUCGGCUUUCAACAACCUCCUAACGCGCCACAGGCGGUGCUCCCACUUCAAGAUCUGCCUAUCGGCAUUAGCGUGACCCUUUUUUGUCGGAAUCUCGGCGCCUCCUUGUUCGUAACCGCCGGCAACACUGUGCUCGAUAACCAGUUACGACAAGGUUUCGCUGAUCUUGCAAUCCCCGGCGUCAGCCCUGGGGCGUUGGUAGAGGCUGGCCCUAUCUCAUUCCGGUCGAUUGUUCCUUCAUCAUCCGUGGACGCAGUGAUAAACGUGUAUGUGUUGGCGCUGCAGAAGACUUAUCAGAUUGGAGUCAUAAUUGCUUGCAUUUCAGUUAUUGGCGCUAUUUUCAUAGAGUGGAAAACACUAAAGAAGCCGGCGGGCCUACCUUCUCAACAUACUCCGGCUCCCACGGGAGGUCUCGUGCAAGUCGCAGACCAAAGAGAUACGCAAAGAGAUAGUCGGGUAGUGACCCUCAGGAGCAGUCGGAAAAGCCGAGAAUGGAUACCUUUGGAUGGUCGGGCAUCCCCAUUUCGCAGAAACUAA